AUGAUGGCGGACCGCAGGGAGACAGAUGCGCAGUUCCAGCGCGGGGAAGGGCGUUUCAAGGACACGGAAGAAGCCUUGAAUAACUUGCUUUCGAAAAUCGACGAUGCCGCGGCCGGCCUGCACGCCAGCGGCCGCACCGAGCUCUCGAAGACGUGCUCCGAGAUCUUCCGGGAGGUUGCGCUGGCGCGGUCGGAGUCCCAGAAGAUGCGCGCGGCGAUGCAGGCCAUGACGUCGGUCGCCCCAGACCAGCUCGAGGACAACGCGGAGAGACUCUUCGUAGAGUUCACGGAGAAGCGCAAGCACGUCGGCGCCGAGGACUGCCUGAACGAGGUUGAGGCCCAUGAAGGAGCUAUCUGGUACAUAAGCAACCCGAACGAGGCGUUCCCGGGGGUCCAAGGCAUGGACGACGUCCGCGCGUUGAUUCCCGGCGCGGCGGGCCGCCAGCCCGAGGAGGAGGACGACGACAUGAUGGUGACGCAGGCCCCCGCGGGCGCCGGCACCUACCUCAACCGGGCGUGCCCGAUCUCCGGUUCGGCGCUGAACGACAUCCGGGAGCCCGUCGUGGACGGGCACGGCUACGUGUUCGAGAAGAAGGACGUCGUCGACUACAUCCGCAACGAACUGCGGCACAAGGGGCGGUGCGGGCACCCGGUGGCCUGUGUGUCUGGGGGGCUGGUCUUGGAGGACCUGAAGCCUGCGCACAAGCUCAUGGCGCGCCUGCACGCCAAGGAGCUGCAGCAGCGGUGGGGCGCCGGGGCGUGA